AUGUCAGAUUCCAACACCACUAACUUCACCAACCCCUCCACCUUUAUCCUGCUGGGCAUCCCUGGUCUGGAGAUGGCCCAUGUCUGGAUCUCCAUCCCCUUCUGCUGCAUUUAUGCUGUAGCCCUCCUGGGGAACUUCACCAUCCUGUUCAUCGUGAAGAUGGAGCCGAGCCUCCAUGAGCCCAUGUACUAUUUCCUCUGCAUGCUGGCUGUCACCGACCUGGUCCUGUCCACGUCCACCCUGCCCAAAAUGCUGAGCAUCUUCUGGUUCAAUGCCAGGGAAAUCGAAUUCAAUGCCUGCCUCACCCAGUUGUACUUCCUUCAUUGCUUCUUAGUGAUGGAGUCCGGGAUCUUCGUGGCCAUGGCGUUGGAUCGCUACGUGGCCAUCUGCCAUCCCCUGAGACAUUCCACCAUCCUGACAAACAGAGUCAUUGCCAAGAUCAGCCUGGCCGUGUUGCUGCGCAGUGGCAUCCUCGUCCUGCCCUAUGUCCUCUUGGCAAAGCAGUGGCCAUAUUGUAGAACCAACAUCAUCCCCCACACAUAUUGUGAGCACAUGGCCGUGGUGAAGCUGUCCUGUGCCGACACCCGCUCCAGUAGUUACUAUGGCCUCUUUGUAGUAUUCUGUGUAUUCUGUCUGGAUGUGUUCUUUAUUGCUGUGUCCUACACGGAGAUCCUCAGGGCCAUCUUCAGCCUCCCCACAAAGGAUGCCCAGCUCAAGACUUUUGGGACUUGCAUAUCCCACCUCUGUGCCAUCUUAUCGUUUUACGUGCCAGGUUUCUUCUCCUCCCUCACAUACCGGUUUGGCCGCAAUGUGCCCCUGCAUUUCCACAUUCUCACAGCCAAUAUGUACCUCCUGGUGCCCCCCAUGCUGAACCCCAUCAUCUACGGGGUGAGGACCAAACAGAUCCGUAGCAGGGUUCUAGGGUUCUUUGCCCAUAAAGGGAUGAAAGAUUUCUCCUAA